AUGGUUCUGAUCUCACCCCACACCAUGCAAGCCACCCGGGCGCCCACCACCGUCAGUGUGUUUGCGGACUGCAGCAUCCCGGCCGGGCUCCGGAUAGGACCGGUACCGGGCAUCUUCAAACUCGGGAAGUACGUUUCAGAUCGCAAGGAAGUUGGACCUAAGAAGAAGGUUCGCUUGGUUCGCGGGGAGUUCGUGGAUGAAUCGGGCUGUCCCGUGCCAGACUGGAUCGGACUGAUCCGUGCAGCCAGGAACAGCCAAGAGCAGAACCUGGAGGCGGUUUCAGACUUACCUGGCAGACAGAUCUUUUACCGCGUGCUGAGAGAAAUCCCUUCAGGAGAGGAGCUCAGUGUUUGGUACUCAAACGCUCUGGCCCAGUGGUACGACAUCCCGACCACUGCUACUCCAACGCACGACGAAAAAGGUGAGGAGCGUUACAUCUGCUGGUACUGCUGGCGAAUCUUCAAGUACCCCAACACACUCAAGGCCCACGUCCACUUCCACUGCGCCCUGAGCAACGGGCGGGGCUUUUUGAGCAGCGAGCAGGCCAGAGGCACGGAGACCUUCACCAGGUCACCAAAGUCUGGAGACAUCCCCAACACUUCCACCUCCCCGAGGAGCGGCCACAGUAACUCCUCCAUCUCAGACUCUGGCAGGCGGGCUGUGUCCUCAUCGCCGUUUCUGCAAAAAGUUGGACUGUCGAAGAAAAGCAGCACAGAGGAGCAGGACAGAGCCCUUGACAUGAGCGUUACCUCAGCCAGAAACCAAGGACACAUCCUUGGCCUCGGGGCCACAUCCUCAAUGUUGAGCAGCAUGGGCUUUCAUCCGGGUGUGCGCUCUGCCUUCAAACCCACCGGAGUCUCCAAAGUCCCGGGCGCGGACGCAUCCGGAGAGGAAGCAAACGCGAAGCUGAGCAGCCUGGGGUUCGGCAAGCUCAUUGGAAACAUGAAACCGAUCCGCAAUGUUGGCGAGACUCUAAACGGAGGAGGCAGCCACCCUCCCAAGUGCACACCUGCAAUCAUGGACUCCUCAUCUCAAAUGGUGCCAUGCACAAACGCCAUCCGGGGUUUUCCGCUGCUGCCUCACGUAGAGGAGACGUCAGCUUUUAAGCACGUAGAGAGCCGUAUGCACCCCGGCCUGUCCCCUUCCCGCUACCCCCAGAUGCCCCCUGGACUGCAUUUUGAGAGGUUCUCUCUCCCUCACUUUGAUGGGGUCAAGACAUACGGUGGAGACUGCAACAUCCCCCUAAUGCCCCUCACUGUGUAUAACGGAGAGCUUCUGUACAGCUCGCCAUACUAUCCUCUCAAAUUCCACUUCAGCAACCUCCUCAAGUACCCGGAGUCCAUGUCCUACUUCGGUGCGCCCUCACUGAACCACGACCUGGGCUCAAUCGCAAACAUCGACCGGGAGAUCGCCAUGCACACGCAACAGCUGUCUGAAAUCGCGGCGGAGAAGAACCGGACGAGGCUGGACUCAAUGCCCGCAGGAACCGCGAGCAACGCCGGGUCAGGCAAGCCCAAAAAGGGACACCUGUGUCUGUACUGCGGCAAGCUGUACUCCAGGAAAUACGGCCUGAAAAUCCACAUGAGGACUCACACAGGUUACAAGCCGCUUAAGUGCAAAGUGUGCUUCAGGCCCUUCGGAGACCCAAGCAACCUGAACAAGCACAUCCGGUUGCACGCAGAAGGGAACACGCCGUACAGGUGCGAAUUUUGCGGCAAGGUUCUGGUGCGCAGGCGCGACCUGGAGAGGCACGUGAAGUCCAGACACCCCGGGCAGACCGUGAAGAAACUGGAGGACAAACCGGGAGGCCUGUUCGAGGACGCAGAGCAAAAGAGCGACAAUGACAGCGACGUGGACGUGUGCUUCACCGACGACCAGAGCGACCAGGAAGAGUCGAGCAAAAACACUGACUGA